AUGGUGGCUCGACGACGGUUCCUCAAGAAAAACUCCCCUCCACCUACUCCCUCACCGACCCCAACACCCCCGUCCUCUCCUCUAAAAAUUCCGACACCUCCUCCGUCACCUCCACCACAACCUUCACCUCCUCCGUCUCCUCCUCCACCGCCUCCACAGCCGUCACCACCUCCUUCUCCACCAAAAACCCACAAUCCUCCUCCCUCUACCUCCAAACAUCGCUUCAAAACUUUUGCUUCAAAACCUCCGGCCACAAAACCCUUUGUCCGAAAACCCACCACAAGAUCCGCCAAGCAAUCUGUGCCGAAAUCAAUCCCUCCUCCUUCUCCUCGCCGGUCACAACAUUCGGUUCCGUCAAGUUCCGCUGCUACACCGCCUUCCACCUCGCAACCCCGAAAGCGAAAAACCGCCGGCACCACUGGUAAGCACCGUUCCAAGUCUCUAAAUCUAGUCAAAGUGCUUUCCGGUCGCGUUUAUGAGGAUGAAUGGAUUUCUAGGGCUGAAUUUAAAUUCUUGAAAGAAUCUUUGGAGAAUCAAGGUUGGUUAAGAUUAUUGAACUAUAAUGAUGCUAUUUAUGAGGAUGAGGUUAGACAGUUUUAUAGUAAUUUGGUGAUUUCUAAGAAUUUGGUGUUAUCAUCUACUGUGAAUGAGACUGUUAUUACACUUACGGUUCAAGAAUUGGGUCAAUUGUUAGAGGUACCAUCUGCUGGCUUUUCGGACCUACCCUACCAAACUUGGCCUUUUGUGUUUGGCGUUGACAAUGCGACUAUAAGUCGUGCUGCUUUGGCUGUUAAUUCGUGGAAACCCCAUUAUCCUUCCUCAUUUGAUGUUCCAUCAUAUGCGAAAUUUAUCCCUCACCUCGCUCUAUUUUCCUUAUGGGUUGUGGCUUACUAA